ACGAGAACUGUACAAGACCAAACGGAGUAAUCAUAUCCGAAUGAAGGUCCGAGGCUAACCCUUGGAUUUUACGAACCACAGGAAUAUCGCUAUUUUAAAGGGAACAUUUCUUCCCUUUGGCAGAAGUCCAUCAGCGUUCAUUAGUCUCCCGUUUAUUUAUGCCCUUAUAUUAUAAUAGUAUAUUUUUUUAUAUUAUUAUUCAGCUAGUUGGGACGUUUCCUGAUCCACCGGAGCCAAUUUCGGAACGGUCAUCGCGAAUCCAUGAAUUGAACGAUAAGAGGUGCAAUAUUCAUUCAGCAAGAUAAACAACAUGGACCCUUACACGUACGUGCCCUUCAUUCGCGACUGGCACGACGGCUCAGCUGCUGUAGCAACCCAGGCCUUCGGGAUCGGCAUGUACCCGUCCGAGGUGAACCCAGUGAACCUUCGUUUCAUCAACGACAUGCAUGCUGGCAACUGGGUCCGACCAGCACCCCCACCACCCAUCGGUGCCAUUAGUCCGUAUUACACGCCUUCGUCGCAACAACAGCUCGACUGUUGGUCCCGGUUCCGCAGUGGCGUGUCUGCAGUGGCCAACGAGCGCAGCAAGUUUCAAAUCAUGUUGGACGUGCAGCAAUUCUGUCCCAAUGAGAUCGUGGUGAAGACCAUCGAUAAUUACAUCGUGAUUGAGGGGAAGCACGAGGAGAAGGAGGAUGAGCAUGGGUACGUGGCGCGACACUUUGUGCGGAGGUACUUGCUGCCCAAGGGGGUCAAGCCCGAGUCCAUCACGUCCACCAUUUCCUGCGACGGGGUUCUCACCAUUGCUGCGCCGAAGGAGACGACUGGGUCUUGCGAGGUGCGUCAGAUCCAGGUGAAGCCCGUCAACAAGCCAGUGCUGUGCUCUACCUGCCCCACGGGGGUUUGCGGGUUGCAGCAGAAGAGCAUUCACGAGGCCCCCAGGGCAUCCAUGUCUCACACCCCACCCACUGCUGCGUCACCCAGGAUCAGCACGGGCCCGGCAACCCAGCAGUCUACCUGUCUGUCGGUCUGCGCCACUGCUGGCCCGGGCCAGCAAGCCCAGCUCCAUAUUGCACCUGUCAACAAUAAUACCGCUACUGCAGCGACACCUGGCAACAAGCGCCCAAGCUGAAAAACACCCAGCGGCUCUGUGAUAUAGUUGAAUAACGAUUUCGGGGUUCUAAGAUGAAGCGACGAGCUUAUUAAAAUAACUAGUGCAGCAUAUA